AUGAAUAUCUUUGUGUAUGUUGAACGAGGCACUUUAGUGGUUGGUGAUAACAGGGUGGAUGCCACACUUUGUCGUUAUAUUGCAAAACAAAAUGAAGGUGGCCAGGUGCGUUCGUGUGACAGAACACCAAGGAAAUGUUCAGGUGUUGGAGGCACUUGCAUCAGUGUUGAAGAAGAAUGCAGUGGCAGAACUAUCUUUGACCUAUGCAAUAAUCGACACUGCACUUGUUGCAUAGAGAACGUAUGCGCUACGACCCCCCGGGAGUGUUCCACACAGGGGGGCACUUGCAUCAACGUCGAGGAUGAGUGUAGUGGGCGAACAAAUGGCGAGCUGUGCGGCAGCCCCCUCUGCACCUGCUGCAUAAAGCACGAGUGUCCUGCAACCCCCCGGAAAUGUUCGAAUGAAAACGGCAUCUGCAUAAACGUCCAAGAUCACUGCAACGGGGAGACUAAUCAUGAUCUUUGCCAUAAUCGACAUUGCAAAUGUUGCAUGGAAAGUGUCUGUGUUGAAACACGCGAGUGUUCAGAUGCACAAGGUACAUGCAUUCCUAAGACAGAAUCCUGUCGUGGAACCCAGAACGACAAGCUUUGCAGCAACAAACGCUGCACUUGUUGUAUAGAGUGUCCUACAACCAUGCAAUGUCAGGAAAGAGGUGGCAUAUGCAUAAGUGAUCAAGUAGAUUGCAGAGGACGAACAUUCGAUGGAGUGUGCACAAGGAACAAUUGCAAAUGCUGUCGUAAACAUAUUUGCGACAUCGCUGUGACUUCCACCACAACGUCCUCUUCAACGUCAACUUUAACUUCAAGUUCAACUUCUUCCACUUCAACCUCCACUUCGACUUCAACUUCCACCACAACUUCAACUUCCACUUCAACUUCUACCACUACAACUUCCACCUCAACUUCUACCACUACAACUUCCACUUCAACUUCCACCUCAACUUCUACCACUACAACUUCAACUUCUACCUCUACAACUUCCACCUCAACUUCUACCACUACAACUUCCACUUCAACUUCUACCACUACAACUUCAACUUCCACCACAACUUCUACCACUACAACAUCCACUUCAACCUCAACUUCUACCACUACAACUUCCACCUCAACUUCUACCACUACAACUUCCACUUCAACUUCUACCACUACAACUUCAACUUCCACCUCAACUUCUACCACUACAACUUCCACUUCAACUUCUACCACUACAACUUCAACUUCUACCACUACAACUUCCACUUCAACUUCUACCACUACAACUUCCACUUCUACCACUACAACUUCCACUUCAACCUCAACUUCUACCCUACAACUUCCACUUCAACCUCAACUUCUACCACUACAACUUCCACUUCAACCUCAACUUCUACCACUACAACUUCCACUUCAACAACCACAACGACGACGACAACAGCGCCUUAAUAUUUCUUUCUUCUUCGGAAGCGUCGACGGCUUUUGCUUAGAUCUAAGGAAGAGAUGGAUAGAUGCUGAAGCUCAAGAGAUCCUGUAUAAAGACUAUCUAAUCAUUUAUUUCUAUAAAUGUCUUCACAUAUUUAUGCUCUAUUUUGGACAUGAGGCGGGUGUGGCACAUAACAACGCUGAAGCAUUUGCCAAUCCAUCUGAAGCAUUUAUAUCCCCAUUUGAAGCAUUACGAACCCGCCUCGAUUUAUGUAAACCGCGGACACCAGAGGCCAUGCAGGACUUCAAUUUAGCUUUACAUUCUACCAAAGAACACAUGGUCAUCGAAAGGCAUAUAGAUAUCUGGUUCAUUAGUCUCAGUCCUUGA